GAUCUGUGGUGCGUGUGUGAGUGUGUGGAUGGAUAGUACCAACGAGCUGUGUCGUUGCUCGAGAGAGAGAGGCAGGGAGAAAGAGAGAGAGAGAGAGUGAGGGAGAGGGGGAGAGAGAGAGGGGCGAGACACGGGAAGGGUUAGUGUGUGUGUGUGUGAGGGAGCCCAGCCCAGUCAGUGAGUGAGUGCAUGCUUGAGCCAUGUUGGAUGGGAUGAUCCGGAAAAGAAGAAAAUGCUGCCGCGCCACUCAUAACGCCGACACCUCCAGGUCCGGAGACCACAGCGGGUAGAUGCCAACUCCCCAGGACCGGGGAGACACGGGGGAGUUCGGGGAAAGGUGUCGGGCGGUGCCGCCGGCGGUCCUCGAUCUGGCUGCCUAGCCGGCGAAAAGAAGGAAGGAAAGCUUCGAGGAAAGCGAGAAGGAGAAGACGAGAGAAGAGGAAGAGGGUGGACGAGGGAGAAAAGGAGAGAGAGGAGGGGGGAGUGAGAGAGAGAAAGGAACAGACUAAAUGGCUGCACCGCUACCGGGCUUCACCCCGUUCCUGCUGCUCUCGCCUCUGCUUCUUCACCUGCUCCUCCUCGGCCCUUUGUUCACCGUCAUCCAGGGGACGGGUCCGUCAGGGGGGGAUUCCAGCCGGUGGACCCCGGGCCGCUGCGACCGACACGCCGGUAAACAGAGCCAGCAGCAGCAGCACCGGGAGUUGACCAGGAGCGGUUGGGAUGUGCGCCCGAGCAGGUGGAUUACAGAGCGGAUACAGCGUGGAGAAUGCACGGGGUCGCUCGUGGGACUGUCGGCCGGGGACUGCUGCUUCCUCUACGAGACGCGGAGAGGGUUUCGAUGGGAUGGAGCGAGGGAGGGACCGGUGCGGUGCUCCAGAGGAGCGUGUUUGCGGAAGGGAGCGGUCUCUCCAUCACUUCCUUCCCCAGGUGGGAGCAGCGGGCUGAGCUCCACCGGUGGAGGAGGAGGAGGAGGAGGAGGAAGAGUGGAGGGGGGGACGGAGAGUGGGGGGUGGGUGAGGAAGGGCGUUGGUUUACCUCCCGGUUUACCUGUUUAUUUCUCGCUGCAAGGGCAAAACGGAAAGAAACGGCCGGUACAAAGGACUAGGGUCUGCCCGGCGCGAGCCGCGGGGUUGAGACCACACCUCGCCACGAGAGUCUUUGUGCAAGACUCUCACGGGGGACCCGGAAAUGGACAGAUGGAAGGGGAAAAGGUGCCGGAAGCGAGAGAUUUUCCCGACCCCUUAGCCCCAAAUCUCCCUCGUUUUCACGGGUCAAGGUUCACCAAACGGGGCUUAAGGUCCGCCCCGUACCUCCAACCUGGCCCCGUACCAACAGGCUUUGGUGAAUGUACUCACUUCGGACACGUUUCGUAUCACAUUUCGACUUAUCAUUCCCAUUGUACCCUCGACAUUAAUCUCAACUUCCCCAAAGGCGCACAGUCGUCAGGUUCUGGGAGCACGCGGGGCGGUGAUCGCAUUUCAAACGGCCAUUCAUCCCGGAGAUGCGACGCGGAUAACGUCCUCUCUCAUCGUGCGUACAGCGAGCACGGGGUGGCCGGGGCGGGCGGUGCUUCACCAGGGAACGUCUCCCAUCGGGAUGGCCACCAUGUUAUCGAUCCCAGCCCAGGCAUGGCGGCGGGGGGCGGUUACGGGGGUCGCUGCACCGGCCAUGUUAGGACCACGGAGGAAAAACGAGGGACGAGAGAAAAGAUUCGCGUCUGCUGCCAACACGUGUCAGGGGGAGGAGAAGCGUCCAGAUGUUCUGUGUCAUCAUCAUCAUCCUCAUCAUCGUCACCGGGGUUGGUCACCGGUACCGUGGUACUCGCAGGAUGUUGUGGGAGGACACGCGCCAGGUCUGUGCGUAAGCAAGCCAGGAUUAAUGUGGGGAGGUUGGGCAGGAAGGAGAGGGAAAGCGAUAGAAGAGGAGGAGGAGGAGGAGGAGUAGGAAUGAGGCAAGGCAGUGAACAUGCUAAUUCAACUAAUUAUCCUCAUAAUGGUUUGGCUUUUCCGUCUCUGACGUUUGAUCACGGGCCUGAUAAUGAGACAUGGCGAGGGAAAUCAUCACCGGCAAGGCAAAGGCAGAGCUCUCCAACCCGGGGAGGGGAGAGUGUGGUACGGGGGAGUUAUUUAGGCAGUAGGGACGAAGUAGGAAUGGGGGGUGGGUGUUUAGGCGAGUUUACGGCCCCCCUGAGAGACGUAGCAGGGCGUAAUCUCGACAUCCAAUUUAAACCCGGACAAAUCUCAAUUAUGCCCUGCCCUUUUCAUCAGUCCAACAGAAAAGGCUUAUCUGUCAGUUGUAUGGCUAAACCCGAUAAAAAACGAGCAGAAGAACUCCGAGGAAGUAUUAAAACCCCGAAACCGCUGGCUCAUUCAAACGGAAAGAAAACCGCAGCCCUGGCGUGUUUCAGUGACUCAGGAUCCUCCACGCUCAUUACGUUUCCCGUCAACUUCCAGGGUCACGCAUCAUCCGAACAACACAGUCAGUUUAAGCCCCGCGUUCUUGCGCAGACUCCUCGCGUCCCGGCCCAGCUCACGCGUCAUUUCUCGGAAGCCCACCUGACCGCGCGCCGCGGUGACUCAGGUGCGCACCUCGGAGUGAAGCUCGCUUCAGCACCGAGGACAGCUCCGGGGGAAGGGCUUUCAAACUCCUCGCGUAUCGCUCCGAACGAGGACACUGACUCACCUACACGUCAGUUCAAGCAGGAGUUCACGGUAUAUGUGUGGAGUGGAUACAACGUUAAUAACAAUAAUGGCAAUAAUAACAACAACAAUAACGUCAAAAGUGUUGACAAAACCCCCAUUGGUAACAACCACGAAGAAUCUGCGAGCGUCCAGUGGCCGUCUCCUCAAACGGCGGGACACGCAUCCGAUUCAACCGUCGGACAGGUGUCCCCCGAUGAUCAGAGCGCAGCAUCGCGCCCCCAGAUCUCCCUGUCCCGGCAGCGGCGGGGGGGCGGCUCCCUGAGACAGUUCCCUCACAUCUUGCGCGCCGACAGCUUAGCCGCCGACCGGGAGGGCGCGCGCACGCAAUUAAAAUCCGGUAAGCGAGUGCCGUUAGAGCCCAAAGGUGUCAGUCAUUCGGAGAGCUGGCAGAUGGUGACUGAGGACGAGGGAGAAGGGGAGAGUGCCGGGGAGAGGGAGGCGGAAGCCGAGCGACGGGCUGGAGGGGAAUUACAGGUGGGGGAGGGCGGGACCAGCGUCGCUCGGCAGGGGGAGGCAGCGGCGAUCGGGGAGGUGGGAGAUUGGGUGAGCACCGCGAUCCUGACAAAGACGAGGCAGGAAAACGGGACUGCUUGGGGACUGGAGGAAGUGGGAGGAGGGGCGGAGACAGGGAGAGGUCAGGAGAGGGCCAGCGGGGGAGAGGAGCACAGCAUGGGCAGAGCGGAGGGGGGGGGACAGGGGGAGGAGAAGGGUCAGAGUUCAUGGGGAGAGAGGAAGCUGGACUGGCUGAUUAUAGAGGCGGAGGCCGGGGCCCCGGAGGAGCUGAGGGAGGAGGAGGAGGAGGAGGAGCCAGGGAAGGGGGAGGGCUUGCCACGCCCCCGUCGGGCGGCAAACCGGCAGCCCAACUUCUCCCUGUACAACUACCAGGUCCAGAUCCCUGAGAACCAGCCGCCCGGCACCUCGGUCAUGGCCAUGUCCGCCACGGACCCCGACGGCGGGGACGGGGGCCGGGUGGUCUACUCCAUGGCCCCGCUGAUGAACAGCCGCUCCUCCGACUUCUUCCACAUCAGCCCCGAGUCGGGGCUCAUCAGCAGCACCCAGGUGCUGGACCGCGAGCACAUGGACCUGCACUACUUCCGGGUCACGGCCACGGACUCGGGGUCGCCGCGCCUCUCGGGCACCACCAUGGUGGCCAUCACGGUGGCCGACCGCAACGACCACUCGCCCAUCUUCGAGCAGACGGAGUACCGGGAGACCAUCCGAGAGAACGUGGAGGAAGGCUACCCCAUCCUGCAGCUACGGGCCACCGACCUGGACUCGCCGUCCAACGCCAACAUCCGCUACCGCUUCAUCGGGGACACGGUGGGGCAGGCGCGGGCCGCCUUCGAGGUGGACCCCCGCUCCGGGCUCAUCACCACGCGGGGCUCGGUGGACCGCGAGACCAACGAGCACUACACGCUGCAGGUGGAGGCCAGCGACCAGGGCAAGGAGCCCGGCCCGCGCUCGGCCACCGUGCGCGUCUUCAUCACCGUGCUGGACGAGAACGACAACGUGCCUCAGUUCAGCGAGAAGCGCUACGUGGUGGCGGUGCGGGAGGACGUGCGGCCGCACUCGGAGAUCCUGCGGGUGAGCGCCACGGACCACGACAAGGACGGCAACGCCGCCGUGCACUACAACAUCAUCAGCGGCAACAGCCGCGGGCAGUUCAACAUCGACAGCGUGACCGGGGAGAUCCAGGUGGUGGCGCCGCUGGACUACGAGGCGGAGCGGGAGUACACCCUGAGGGUGCGCGCCCAGGACAACGGGCGCCCGCCCCUGUCCAACAACACGGGCAUCGUCAGCGUGCAGGUGACCGACGUCAACGACAACCCGCCCAUCUUCGUGUCCACGCCGUUCCAGGCGUCGGCCCUGGAGAGCGCCCCGAUCGGCAGCUCCAUCCUCCACAUCCAGGCCAUCGACACGGACUCCGCGGACAACGCGCGGCUGGAGUACCGGCUGACGGGCACGGGCACGGACACGCCGUUCGUCAUCAACGGCGCCACGGGGUGGGUCACGGUGCGCUCGGCCCUCGACCGGGAGUCGGUGGAGCACUACUUCUUCGGCGUGGAGGCCCGGGACUACGGCAUGCCCCCUCUGUCCGCCACGGCGAGCGUGACCAUCACGGUGAUGGACGUCAACGACAACCGGCCCGAGUUCGUCCAGAAGGAGUACUUCUCGCGUCUGAACGAGGACGCGGUGGUGGGCACCAGCGUGGCGAGCGUCACGGCGGUGGACCGCGACGUCAACAGCGCCGUCACCUACCAGAUCACCGGGGGCAACACCCGCAACCGCUUCGCCAUCAGCACGGCGGGCGGGGCGGGGCUUCUGUCCCUGGCCCUGCCGCUGGACUACAAGCAGGAGCGGCGCUACGUGCUGACGGUCACCGCCUCCGACCGCACGCUCCACGACACCUGCCAGGUGCACGUCAACAUCACGGACGCCAACACGCACCGGCCCGUGUUCCAGAGCGCCCACUACUCCAUCAGCGUCAACGAGGACCGGCCGCCCGGCAGCACGGUGGUGGUGAUCAGCGCCACGGACGACGACGUGGGCGAGAACGCCCGCAUCACCUACCUCCUGGAGGACAACAUCCCGCAGUUCCGCAUCGACCCAGGCACGGGCGCCAUCACGCUGCAGGCGGAGCUGGACUACGAGGACCAGAUGACCUACACGCUGGCCAUCACGGCCAAGGACAACGGCAUCCCGCAGAAGUCGGACACCACGUACGUGGAGGUGAACGUGAACGACGUCAACGACAACGCGCCGCAGUUCAUGAGCCCGCGCUACCAGGGCUCGGUGACGGAGGACGCGCCGCCCUUCACCAGCGUGCUGCAGAUCUCCGCCACGGACCGGGACGCGCACGCCAACGGCCGCGUGCAGUACACCUUCCAGAACGGCGAGGACGGCGACGGCGACUUCACCAUCGAGCCCACCUCGGGCAUCGUGCGCACGGUGCGCCGGCUGGACCGCGAGAGCGUGCCCUUCUACGAGCUCACCGCCUUCGCCGUGGACCGCGGCGUGCCCCCGCAGCGCACGCCGGUCCACAUCCAGGUGACGGUGCUGGACGUCAACGACAACGCGCCCGUGUUCCCCGCCGACGACUUCGAGGUGCUGGUGAAGGAGAACAGCGCCGUGGGCUCGGUGGUGGCGCAGAUCACCGCCACCGACCCCGACGAGGGCGCCCACGCCCAGAUCAUGUACCAGAUCGUGGAGGGGAACAUCCCCGAGAUCUUCCAGAUGGACAUCUUCUCGGGCGAGCUCACCUCGCUCAUCGACCUGGACUACGAGGCCCGCAGCGAGUACGUCAUCGUGGUGCAGGCCACGUCGGCGCCGCUGGUCUCGCGCGCCACCGUGCGCAUCCGCCUGGUGGACCAGAACGACAACCGGCCCACCAUGAAGGACUUCCAGAUCAUCUUCAACAACUUUGUGUCCAACCGCUCCAACAGCUUCCCCAGCGGCGUCAUCGGGCGGGUCCCGGCCCACGACCCGGACGUGUCGGACCGCCUGUACUACACCAUCGACCGGGGCAACGAGCUCAACCUGCUGCUGCUCAACCACACCAGCGGGGAGAUCCGCCUGAGCCGGAAGCUGGACAACAACCGGCCGCUGGUGGCGCCCAUGCUGGUCACAGUGACAGACGGCGUGCACCGCAUCUCGGCGCAGUGCGUGCUGCGCGUGCUCAUCAUCACCGAGGACAUGCUGGGCAGCAGCGUCACCGUGCGCCUGCAGAACAUGUCCCAGGAGCACUUCCUGUCGCCGCUGCUCGGCCACUUCCUGGAGGGCGUGUCGGCCGUGCUGUCGGUGCCCGUGGAGGACGUGUUCGUGUUCAACGUGCAGCCCGACCUGGACGCGGCGUCGGCCAAGGACGGGCGCAUGGGCAUCCUCAACGUUAGCUUCUCGGCGGCGCUGCCCGGCGGCCAGUACUUCCCCUCGGAGGCGCUGGAGGAGCAGCUGUACCUGAACCGGCCGCGCCUCACCGCCCUGGCCCAGAUGGAGGUCCUGCCGUUCGACGACAACGUGUGUCUGCGCGAGCCCUGCCAGAACUACAUGAAGUGCAUCUCCGUGCUGCGCUUCAACAGCUCCGCCCCCUUCAUCUCCUCCCCCUCCAUCCUGUUCCGGCCCAUCCACCCCAUCGCCGGCCUGCGCUGCCGCUGCCCCGCCGGCUUCACCGGGGACUACUGCGAGACGGAGAUCAACCUGUGCUACUCCAACCCCUGCCUGAACGGCGGCGUGUGCGCCCGCACCGAGGGGGGCUACACCUGCAUCUGCCGGGAGAACUACACCGGGGACCGCUGUGAGGUGGACCGGCGGGGGGGCCGCUGCGUCCCGGGCGUGUGCCGUAACGGGGGGACGUGCCGGGAGCUGUCGGGCGGGGGGUUCCGCUGCGAGUGCCCGGCGGGCGGGGGCUACGAGCGGCCUUACUGCUCCGUCACCGCCCGCUCCUUCCCGCCCAAGUCCUUCGUCAUGUUCCACGGGCUGCGGCAGCGCUUCCACCUCUCCAUCUCCCUCACCUUCGCCACCCUGGAGAGCAACGGGCUCCUGUUUUACAACGGACGCUUCAACGAGAAACACGACUUCAUCGCUCUGGAGAUACAGGAUGGACAAGUGAUGCUGAAGUACUCUACAGGGGAGCUGUCCACUCAGGUGAGCCCCUUCCUACCGGGUGGGGUGAGUGAUGGAGAGUGGCACACCGUCCACAUCCACUACUACAAUAAGCCCAGUACUAUAGGUCGCUAUCCCCGGCGCAGCUCCAGCGGCGAGCCCCAGGGUCCGUCGGACGAGAAGGUGGCGGUGGUGAGCGUGGACGACUGUGACACGGCCGUGUCGCUGCGCUUCGGCCCGCAGCUGGGGAACUACACCUGCGCCGCCCAGGGCCAGCAGACCAGCAGCAAGAAGUCCCUGGAUCUGACGGGCCCCUUGUUCCUGGGUGGGGUCCCCAACGUGCCGGACAACUUCCCGUUCGGGGCAAGGGAGUUCAUUGGCUGCAUGAAGGACCUCCACGUGGAUAGCAAGCCUCUGGACCUGGCGGCCUUCAUCGCCAACAACGGCACCGUCCCUGGCUGCAGCGCGAAGCUACCUUUCUGUAAGUCCAACCCCUGCCAGAACGGAGGAACUUGCAGCGACAGCUGGGAGACCUUCUCCUGUGAGUGCCCCCUGGGGUUCGGAGGAAAGGACUGCAGCCAUGCCAUGCGCCAUGCCCACCGGUUCCUUGGAAACAGCGCCCUCUGGUGGGACCUGAAGAACGACGUGACCAUCUCCACCCCCUGGUACCUGGGUAUGGUGUUCCGGACCAGGGCCCGUGACGGGACCCUGCUACAGGCCCAGGCGGGCCAGUACACCAGUCUGCUGUUCCAGGUGGUGAACGGUCAGCUGGUGUUCUCGGUGACCCGCGGCUCCACCCGGCCCGUGCGGCUGAAGCUGGACCAGGUCCUGGUGGCGGACGGCCGCUGGCACGACCUGCAGCUGGAGCUCAGGGACGUGCGGAGCGGCCGCGAGAUGCGUUACGUCGCCACGCUACGCCUGGACUUUGGCCUCUACCAGGGAACGGUGAUCGUGGGGAAUGAGAUCCACGGGCUGAAGGUGAAACACCUGCAUGUGGGCGGAGUCCUGGGCUCGGGGGAGGUGCAGAACGGCAUCAAGGGAUGCAUCCAGGGCGUUCGCCUGGGGGUGAGGCCGGAUGCCCCUCCCCUUCCCCAUCCAUCAAAGUCUGUCAAGGUGGAGAAAGGCUGUAAUGCGGGAACUCCCUGCAGCUCCUCCCCUUGCCCCGCCCACAGCCUCUGCUCUGACCAAUGGGAGCGACAUGCCUGCAUUUGCGAGCCUGGUUACUACGGUAGGGGCUGUACAGACGCCUGCCACCUCAAUCCGUGUGAGAACACUGCCCAGUGUCACCGCAAGCCCAGCACCUCCCAUGGCUACAGCUGCGACUGUGGGGACAAUCACUACGGACAGUACUGCCAGCACAGGAUUGACCACCAGUGUCCCAGAGGUUGGUGGGGGUCUCCCACCUGUGGACCGUGUCACUGUGACGUCACUAAAGGCUUUGACUCUGACUGCAACAAAACCAGCGGAGUCUGCCACUGCAAGGAGUUUCACUAUUGGCCCCGGGGAAGCGACUCCUGUCUGCCGUGCGACUGCUACCCGGUUGGCUCCUUCUCCAGGUCAUGUGACCAGGAGGUGGGCCAGUGCCAAUGCAGGCCCGGAGUGAUUGGCCGACAGUGCAACAUGUGCGACAACCCGUUUGCCGAGGUCACCAAUUCAGGCUGCGAAGUGAUCUAUGACGGUUGUCCCAAGACCAUCACGCUGAGCAUCUGGUGGCCAAGGACCAAGUUCAACCUGCCGGCCGUGGUGGCCUGUCCUAAAGGAUCCAUCGGCGCUGCCAUCAGACACUGUGACCAGGAGAGGGGCUGGCUGGAGCCGGACCUGUACAACUGCACCUCUCCCCCCUUCGUGGAGCUCAACAUCCCCCUGGAGUCCCUGGAGCGCAACGAGACGGAGCUGAGCACCAUCGUGGAGAAGAAGCUGGCCCACCAGCUGCGCGAUGUCACCGAGGCCACGUCCCGUCUCUAUGGCAACGACCUGCAGAUCGCCGAGCGGCUGCUGUCCCGCCUCCUGGCGUUCGAGACGCAGCAGACGGGCUUCGGACUCACGGCCACGCAGGACGCCCACUUCAACGAGAACAUUCUCCGCGGCUGCAGCGGCGUGCUGGGGGCGGACACGGCCGGGCUGUGGCGCGCCCUGGCCCAGAACCAGAACCACCCGCUGGCCGGGGGCCCCGGGGGGCUGGCGGAGCUCCUGGAGCAGUACGCCCAGACCCUGGCCCAGAACAUGAAGCUGACCUACCUCAACCCCGUGGCCUUAGUGGCCCCCAACAUAGUGAUGAACCUGGACCGCGUGGAGAACCACACCCACGUGCGCCGGCGUUUCCCCCGCUACCACGCCCCUCUGUUCCGCGGCCAGGCCCUGUGGGACCCCCACACCCACGUGGUGCUGCCCCCUGCUGCCCUGGUGCCGCAACGACACCAGCAGCACAGCUGGAAGGAGAGGGAGCGCAUGGAGAAAGAGCUUCCCCUGAGCGUUGCUCCCGCCCCCGUCAGCGUCUCAGCCAAUCAGACGGUGGAGUACGCCGCGGCCAGGCGCACUGUUUCGCUGCCCGAGCCGCCAAUCACCAUCGUGAUCCUGCUCAUCUACCGCAGCCUGGGGUCCGCCCUCCCUCCAAAGUACCACACUGACCGCCGGGGCGUCAGAUUGCCCAGGCAUCCAGUAAUGAACUCCCCAGUGGUCAGCGUGUCCGUGUAUAACAACCAGACCUUUGUGGGCGGGCACUUGGACCAGCCCCUCCUAUUGGAGUUCAAGCUCCUGGAGACGGCCAAUCGCAGCAAGCCUCUUUGUGUGCAGUGGAAUCACAGCAGCACGUCUGAGUCGGGGGGUUGCUGGACGGUGCGGGACUGCAUCGUGGUGUACAGGAACAUGUCCCACGUCCGCUGUCAGUGCCACCGGCUGGGAACCUUCGCGGUGCUGAUGGACAGCUCCCACAGAGAGCAGCUGGAGGGGGACCUGGAGACCCUGGCGGUGGUGAGCUACGCGGCGCUGGUGGUGUCCAUGCUGGCCCUGCUGCUCACCGUGCUGCUGCUCUCCUGCCUGCGCGGCCUCAAGUCCAACACGCGCAGCAUCCACUCCAACAUGGCCGCCGCCGCGCUGCUCUCCCAGCUCGUCUUCCUGCUGGGCAUCAACCAGACCGAGCAGCAGUUCCUGUGCACGGUGGUGGCCAUCCUGCUCCACUACUUCUUCAUGUCGACGUUCGCCUGGAUGUUCGUGGAGGGGCUCCACGUGUACCGCAUGCAGACGGAGCAGCGCAACAUCAACUACGGCGCCAUGCGCUUCUACUACGCCAUCGGCUGGGGCGUGCCCGCCAUCAUCACCGGCCUGGCAGUGGGGCUGGAUCCAGAGGGCUAUGGGAACCCGGACUUCUGCUGGAUCUCCAUCUACGACAAGCUCAUCUGGAGCUUCGCUGGACCUAUCGCCAUAGUGAUUCUGAUGAACGGAGGGAUGUUCCUUAUCGUGGCCAAGAUGUCCUGCAACCCCUCGCAGAAGGAGACCAAGAAACUGCCGGUCAUCUCUACGAUCCGUAAUGCCUUCCUGCUGCUGCUGGUGACCACGUCCACCUGGCUGUGUGGCCUGAUGGCCGUCAACAACAGCAUCCUGGCCUUCCACUACAUCUUCGACGUGCUCUGCCUCGUGCAGGGUCUGUCUGUGCUGCUGGUGUUCACGGUUCUGAACAGCGAGGUCCAGGAGGCCUGGAGGGCGGUGUGUCUGGGCAAGAAGAGUCCCGGGGAGGACCCCCCGAGACCUCCCCAGCCCGCCGGUCAGAACCCCUACAACAACGCGUCCCUCCUGGAGCAGAGCGGUUUGCAGCGCAUCACCCUGGGAACCUCCACCGUCUCCUCCGUCAGCUCCGCCAGGGAGAACCUCCUGGCCCGACAGACCCUGGAGCAGAACAUUGGUCUCACGGGUGCCACCGACCUGGACGUGGCCAUGUUCCACCGAGACGGAGGUACACGGCCGCACACACGUGAGGACUCUGACUCAGACUCUGACCUCUCCCUUGACGAGGAGCGUAGUCUCUCCAUCCCGUCGUCCGAGAGUGAGGACAACGUGCGUCUCCGCGGACGCAUUCAGCGUCGCUUCAAACGCUCCAAUCACAGAGAGCGACUGCUCACAGAGCCCGCCCAGAACGGCACCAAAGACCUGGACGGCAACGACCUGCUGUCCUAUUGGCCCGCCCUGGAGGAGAGCGACAACCGCAGCCUGCAGAAGUGGGGCUCGGAGCGCCCUCUGGGGGCCGACUACAGUAAGGACGCCGCCAACAACAACCAGCCCGACGCCUCGCUCACUAGCGGGGACGAGAGCGGCCUCACGCAGCCAGGCAGGCACCGCAAGGGUAUCCUGAAGAACCGUGUGGGCUGCCCCCCAGCCCUGCAGGGCCGCGGCCCCAGCGAGCUCAACUGGUACCGGACCUCCACGCUGGGCCACCGCGGCGUGCCGGCCGCCUCCUACGGCCGCAUGUACUCCCACGCCACGGGCUCGGCCGGCGGCGGUGGCGGCGGCGGGGGCGGCGGCUCCCUCUCGCAGCCCGCCUCGCGCUACUCGUCCCGGGAGCACCUGGACUCCCUGGCCCGCCGCCAGCUGACCCGGGACCCGCUGGGCCGGCCCACGGUGGGCGGGUCGCGGGACCGCCUGGACUCCCGCGGCUCCCGGGACAACCUGGACUUGCUGCCCCGGCGGAGGGAGCUGGGCCCGGGCGGCGGCGGCGGAGCGGGGCCGGACCACCAGCGGGUGUCGUCCUCCAGGGAGAACCUGGCGGGGUCCCGGGACCGGCUGGACUACCCGCCCCACGCGGGCAGCGCCCACGCCUCGCGGGAGGACCUGAGCGGGGGCGGCGGGGAGGGCUACCUGGGGGGGUCCCGCUCGCAGCUCAACACGCUGACCCGGCGGCAGGCCACGUCCCGGGAGCACCUGGCGGCGGGCGGGGGGGCGCUGGUCAGCAGCCGGUCCCGGGAGCAGCUGGAGACCAACGGAGGAGGAGGAGGAGGGGGGGGGGGAGGGGGGUCCCAGGCCCAGCCCUGCCGGGAGUGGCUCCGCACGCUGCCCCCCCGCCAGCCCUCACACCCGGACCAGCCCCCCGCGUCGCCGCCCCCCCCCAUCUCGGAGGAGCCCCAGCAGGAGCAGCCCUCCGCCCCGGGGGCCCCCCGCGGCCGGGCCCCCCCCCCCUCGUGUAGGUACCCGGGCGCGCCCCCCCUGACCCGCCCGCCCUCCAGCGAGCACCUGGACAUCCUGUCCUCCAUCCUGGCCUCCUUCAGCUCCAACGUCUUGGCUCCUCCCCCCGGGGCCAAUGGCUCCGCCCACGGCCCCUCCCCCUCCCCGCCCCGCUCCCUCACCUCCCAGAGCAUCUCUGAGGUCUCCCCCGACUCAGAAGCCAACAGAAGCGAAGGCCAGUCCUGAUGACCGCCUCCAAAUCCCAUGAUGCAGUGUGCCUGAGUCACCAGGGCUAGGGUCAAAGAUGACGGAUCGACUCUGGGUUACCGGAGCUCUGACUUCCGAUGGGGUCAAGGGUGACAGAAUGAUUUGCGGGAACAUACAAUGUCAAAAAAAAUCAGCGUCUCUAAGGCUUUCGGUUUGGUUUAUCGUUUUUUUCAAAAGGAUGCAACUAUGAUGGGCUGAUUGUAUAGAUUGAGUUUUGGGGUUUUUUCGUCACAAAUUCCUUGCAAGGGUUGAGUCUUACUGAUGAACAUGGUGCCAUGUUGCCAUGGUGACCGCCUCUUCUACCUUAAGAGUGUGUCUGAGUGGAUUUUGACGGAAGAAAAAAAAACAACAGACUGAUCUCCAAAACAUACGCCCCGAAACAUGGAAAUAAGAAAGAAGGGGCAAAGAAGAGGGGUAAAACUGUACAUAACAUUUUUAUACAUUUUGUAUUUUUUUCAUUGGAGAUUAAGGAAAAGAGGAAAACUACUUGUGAUGUUUUUUGAAGAUUUAUGUCCAUGAGUGGAUGUAUGUGUGGCGACUGGAUGAAGAAGAAUAUCAUUUAUUGUUGAAAAUAGAAAUUCACAAACCCAACCCCACCCCAACCACCCCAACCCGCCACACACCCACCACCACCAAUAGUUUUAUUAAUUUCCCGUUUGCUCUCUUUCCCCGAUCAUUACCUUUGUGUAUAAAACGUAGGAACAGGGGGCCGGCGACUGUGAUUGAAUGAGAUUAACAGGAAGUGAUUUGAAAGAAGUGAUUGUAGAUACAGAGAGGAAUUCUAAAAAAAACAGAAUCGAUGGCACGAAACGAUUGUGCCAGGACAGACGGUUGAUGGUAAGAUGGCAAGGCCGAAAGAGAGCGCCCAUUGUGGUUCCUGCUGGGUCGAGGACUGAGACAAAAGGUCAUGUUCUCGACAAACUGUGCUGUUGUUUUUCGGGAACCCCAACACCUACUGGAGGUGAAUGUUUCCUUCGUCCGAGUAAAUUUUGUCUCUUUUUUAUUUUUUCUGUGCCUGGUGCUGUUUCAACCAUAUCAGUUAUAGGAAGAAAACAAUCGAUUUGGAUCUAGAAGUGUUUCUGGAACCUUAUAGAACUUUCCAGACCUGCAGUUAGAGGCGUGAGGUCCUUCCGGCUCCGUGGGCAACAGGUGUAUAUCCGUUUACAACCGCAGAAGGUAUCUUCAAACCAAUCCAGGUAUUACACACACUUUGCUGAAUCCCAUCUCAACCUGCCGCAAAAAAACUACCCUUGCACCCUUUGGAGCUGGACGAAUCUCCCGCCAAAACGCAGGCAGACACACUUACUAAAGCUCCGUGCUCACGACCAAACCUAAGCCAAAGGAUUCAUGUUUUCAAUCCCUAUUUUGUAAUUCCGGUGAUUCUCUCCGACAUCGUUUGUAAGCAGAAGAACCUCAUUUUAUUUUUUAUUGUCUAUACCAGAGUAUUGCAUUGAAUCUUGAUGCAGUUAUUUAUUUAUUCCUUUUGUGAUGUAUUAUUUAAUGUGCCAUAGAAGCGUUCAAUAAACUGGUCUCCGGGUUCAUGCGCGUUCAGCUCAAAGCGUUGGGUUUUGUUCAACCGACGCUGACUUGGCACUUAAGACCUCUCUUUGUUCUAUCUGCAACCCUGAAACCUUUGGUGAUUGGUUUUAGGUAUAUCCAUUUGUCUGGUAGGAUGAGUUGACUUCCCCUGUCCAAAACCGUGUUUAAAACCCAUGACGUGUUUUACCAACAUAAGAAAAAACAGCCAAUCUUAAACCAACGACAUCAACAGCUUUUAGUUUGUUUUGAAUUCCACGACAACACAAGGAAAACCCAUUUAAUCUGGGCCGCGGACAAACUCCCAGCUUGUCUCUCUGUCACAGUCAGAUGUGUCCCCACUAAAAGCGUCCUAAUUGCUUUCAGGACCCAGAUGUGUUUAAUGUUUAAUGUGCACGCGCCAGCUGCUCCCAGGCCCAGCACCGCUGCUGAUUGGACUGCUGUGCGCGUGUCAUAGGAUGUCAACAACCAAUUAGAGGGGGACGCUGGUCUUUCUCGAGCACUAUCAGAACCGUGUACAAACAACUGAUCUUAAACAUGGAUUUUACAUUGACAUUGGGUGAACAAAUCUUUUUCUUUUUUUUUUCUUUUAUGGAAACUGUACACCUACAAAGGAGAUUGAUUGGCUCACAAACAUUCAACAAUUAAUAUUUAGUCAUCAUGCAAACAAUUUUGUAUUUUAUCCUGCCUCAAAAUAAUUUACCAUGAAAAUAAAUAAGAAAAAUGACAGCACGGUAUACCAAACCGUAUAAAAUGCAGAAACAUAGACGGGCUGUGUUUGAAUUUGAAAAAGAAAAGCAAAUCAAUGUUCAAAGGAUGAGGAUUAGGGGAAGGAAGAAGGGUGAACGUGCAUCAAUUCCCAUUAACUGUUGUGCCAGCGUUGGGAGGGGCUCUAUUACUGUCUGUCAUUCCUCCUGUCAAGGUAACCACUUCCUUGACACAACCUUCCCGUUCAUCCAUCCCCACCCUCAUUCAGCUGAUCUAGUGGUAAGUUAACCUCCUUCUUGUACAGACAUGAGAUUUAUUUUAUUGAUCCAUUCAUUAUUUACCUGGGGGUUUUAUCGAUUCAAAUUGGCCGUCCAUGGCUGUCUGUUUGAAAUGUGAGCACUGGACAUCUCUGUUCGAUUUGUUUGUUUUUUUGACGUGAUGUUUUGUAUGACCUCCUGUCCAAUGAGAUGAAAGAUCACUCUGGGACAAAUCCUUUAAAAAAAAUGUAACAACAAUCCCUUUACAGUUGUGUCUGAUUCAAAUGUAUCUUAAAGUGGUUGAUAUAACCCAUGGUCCUCUAUGCAGUCUACAACUUUUGUCUAAAUGCAUACUACUAUACUUAAUGUAGGCCUAUAAGAUGCUUAUUCGUCCCUGUAAUCCAACAUUUUAUGACGCCACAAACCUAACCCUUUAUGCAAGAGGUUUGGCAUUGACGAUAGACGGAUUUCACCUGUCUUUCCACUGUGUAAACACAGCCUUAACUGGAUAUGGAUAGUUGGGACUUGUAUAUCGAAAAUAUAGUAAAGUGAAAAUGUCUGGUUUGGUCCAGUUAACAUUGAAUAGAGUGAGGCGAUUCUGUUGUCUACUAAAUGACUGAAUAGACACUAAGGGAUGAAGUUGUAUUUUGGAUUUGAACCUUGGGUUGGAGUGGGGUGGAUUGCAGGAGACAUGAAAGCUUGGGAGACUGUCUUUGUUCGUUGCGUCUGUUCAUUUUGGGGUAUCGUCAUUCUCACUGUCGCGAUGGGGAUGUCACGGAAACAACUGUUCCUCAGAUGUUCACCACGAAAAAAACAUGAAGAAAUGGUGGCUCAUUAAAAGAAAACUAAAACUAA